AUAGCUGGGCGAAAGAGGCACGAUUUUGUACGGCGGGGGUCAGGAGGCUGCAGUGGUAGGGGACUGCAGUGCGCCGGGUACCACAUCUCGCCCCCCGAGAGCGUGUCGGUGAUCGGCUCCCCUCGAAAGAGCCUGCUCCUGGCAAGCUGCGACGUGAUCGAUGCCGCUGGACACGGAGCUCCAUAAGUCUGCCCACAAAGGGGAUAUCCAGAGCGUACGGCAACUUGUGGAAACCGGAGAGGUCAACGUCAACCAGAAAGGCGCGCAGGACCGAACUGCCCUACACAGGGCCGCCGGCGCGAAUCAUGUGGGUAUCAUCAUUUACCUCCUACAAGCAGGAGCUCCCGUAAACACCGCGGACAGAUGCCUUCGAACGCCAUUGCACUGGGCGGCCAUCAGCGGUCACCUUGACGCUACUCAGCUGCUUUUGGAAAGGGGGGGCGAUCUACGAAGCAAGACCGUGAGCGGCAUGAAUCCUCUCAUGUGCGCUGUGCAGCAACGAUGGCAUUCGGUGGCGGAAGCAAUCCUGGAGUGGUCGGAAGGCUGCACUGAGGAUGAGGAGGGAGUGGACGGGCCGGUCCCUUCCCCCGCUGAGUUGUGCUCGGCCACGGAUGCUGAGGGGAAGACGGCGGUGGUGUUCGCGAAAGAACUUGGUGAUGUCCCGAUGCAAAAAUUGCUCAAGAGCUACAUCCCGAAACAGCCCUCGGCCUGGUGUUGCGGCGGUGGUGCCGCGAAGCAGCAACUCUCGGCGGUAGCGGUGCCACCGACAGCAGAAGAGCCUACCAUGGCGCCCGGACACAGUCGCCAAUCAGGCGACGACCGUGUUGUUGCUACUCCGGUGUCGAACGAGGUCGGCAGCGGCAAGGCGGCCGAUGGCGGUGGUGGAGGCGGCGGCGGCGGCGGCGGCGGCGGGUGGUUUCGGCGAGGCAAGCGGGACAGCCACGCCGGAAGCGACGGCACGCAGCGCAGAGUCCUCGGGCUCUGA